AAGUACAUUCAAGAACCCCCCACCAAUUUUUAUCGUCAACACUUACUGCCGUAAGAAGGUGAGUCUAAGUAUUUUUACCACUUUGAGACAAAUCGUGGGCUCCAUUAUUGAGUAUUCAUUCAAUAUUUGAUGAAUAAAGCGUGUUUGCGUAGCAAGGUGAUUUCUUUAGUUAAGAACUUGGAUCGUUACUAAUCAUUUCCAAUGACAGAAUCCAGCAAAAACAGAAACAGUGGCGAGGACUGGGCACCUAAAUAGACGCACCGCACUGGAACUCCAUAUGGAAUUACUGCAAUUGGCAGCAAUUAAUUUCGGUUGAUAAACUUUUACUGUAAUAUUUAACUACUGAGCUUGAUGACUUCGUUGAAARAGAGAAAUAACAUCUGAACAAAUAGAAAUUCGGAAGCUUAACAAGCCAGUGUCGAAAAAAUAUGUCAGUUUACAAUUGGGCACUACUCAUUCUGCUUGUUUUGUGAUAAGCCGCCGACAGUCUUGUUUAGUUUAUAAUAGUCGCUUGCUGCUCAAGACUUCACACUGAUUCAAACGCGAAAGUCACAUCAGCAAAAAUGAGGACUGCUCUAGUGUUUUCAUUUUUCAUUUACUUWCAAGUUUACACGGUUCCGUUGGCCUUUGCUGCUUUUUACCCAACAACUAUAAAAGAUCACAUUGUUGUGAAAAGAGUWUAUCAAAGUGUUGAAACCCAAGACUGGAURCAWUGUCUUGUUUUAUGUCAUUCUGAUGUCGACUGUUCUUCUUACAACUUCAAACUCGACGAAAACRAAGCGGGAAACAGUUGCGAGUUGAGUARAUGUGGCUUYGGUGAAAGAGAGACGACUUAYUUGAUUUCAAGGCAAGGAUUCGUAUUCAAUCAAUUAAGACCAGUCAAGGUAUAACUCAGUUUUAAUUAUAUUAUWGGAGUACUUAUUUUUCCCKGUAGAUUUUUGUUAUGCAAUGUGUUAAUACUUCUUCAAUGAGUUUCACGGGUUUAAUGUGUAAACUGUGUUCAGCAUGAGUGUUUCUGUUUUUUUCAGGAAAAUCAUUUGUGCCGACAAAGAGCACCGCAGAAACCUUCAAGCGGCUUGUGCGAUGGUCUUGAAUCAUCAUUGAUCCUCARCARCCCAGGACGUCCUAAUACAUAUWUGAUGGCUCUUUGUCGAUAUCUGGGACCGGCAAAACAUUCAUGGAAAAGAUGUUAUCAUAGUGCGGCACCAUUCAACCAAACAGCWUUUCAUCAGCUUUGUGAUUCUAAAGGCCCAACMGUGACUAUUGUACGAGUUGAUGAAUACAUAUUUGGUGGAUAUAUUGACAAAUCCUGGAAGGAAGCAAAAGGCAAUUGCCCACCAGUCACAAGUGAUMGAGCUUUUUUGUUCUCGCUGUACAACAAAUACGGUUUCGACCCUCAUAAGUUCAACAUCCGCCCAGGAGCUUCAAAUGUUGCACAUGCAGCUUGGCACUGUUCAAAGUUUGGUCCAGCGUUUGGUCAUGGCUUUGACUUAAUUCUGUACCCUAAGCCCGAUCAAUCUUAUGCUAGGCCCUUAUCUUAUGAUUUGCCACCAAAUUGCAAAACUUCAGAAUUCUGUAAAUUUUACACCGGGACGGACAGGUUCUGGCCAAGUGAAGUUGAGGUUUUCUAUGAAAACGGCUUAUUAUAGCUCACUCAAAGCUACGUCAUGGAACUAUCCUAAGAAAGAAAAAAAUGUCGCGACCAGAGCAAAAACUUUCAUCACUUCGACCCUCUUGAAGAGUCGUCAUUAAGUUGCGCAAAAUUUUGGGAAAUAUGGAAACAGGAGAAAGAACAGCAUKCUAGAAAGAACACAAAAGUUUCUUUACUCACUGUCCCGUGACCCUCAGAAGUCGCGCAGACCAGUAGUCAGCACAAAAUGAAUGAUCAAAGCCACCUUUAUUCUUGAUUGCAGUAUAAGAAUUAUAAAUGACGAGACUGAAAUCAAUAAAGUUAUUUUUGGUCUUUAGAAGCACUUUGUUUUUACUUCAACAUUUUUUAGGGUUACUUGGGCUUCCUGUGUUGUCAUCGUAGUCACGUGUUUAGUGUUUACAAGUUUGGCGGGAAAUUUUUUACAACAUGGCGGAAGGACGAAGAUUUGAGAAGUCUGAAUCAAUCCUUCGUCCUUUGUCCUUUUAUGAUAAUGAAUUUGUCGUUUGAUAAUAUUUUGAGAAUUUUUGAUACUUGAAAUAUUAAAUAACCACUUGCUUUGCGAUAUUCUUGUCCAAAAAACACGUUAAUUGUCAGUUUGUCUCCGUCCUUCGCUAUUUGGAGAAGUGUCUUUAUUUUGAAUUCGACAAAGAUGGAUGAAUUUGAGGAACUUUGUUAUCCCGAAGAAGAAGACGAUUUUGAAGAUCGCUAUGCUGAUGAACUUGAGGUCAUGGAAGAAAUCGGGGGAGAUGGUCCUCCGUCAAGAAAAUCUCUAAAUUUCAAUGAUCAAUCAAAUAAGCCAGCUCAAUCUAUAAACACUGAUCCCAAGAUACAAUCAAUGAGCUCAGCCAAGAAGAGAUCAAAUGAUGACAUGUAUGGAUUGAUAUCAGAUGAUGAUGAUGAUGAUGAUAACUUGAAAACAUUACAAGAACUUGAUGUAGAUAUCCUAGGCCCCUGCAAGAAAAGAUCAAGACAUACCAGUCCAGGAAACAAGGGUUUCAAUGACUUUAAUCACAACCUUUCCCCAGUUGCUAACGGCAUCAAAACCUAUAACAAAACAGGCUCUCCUUUUGAUAAAAAUACAGUCAUUUCAACAAGGAGUUCACYAUUACAUAAGGCUGAAACACCAACUGUGCAAAGAAAUGRUUGUAGUGCAUUUAGRAGACCCCCAAUGGGCAAAGAAGCAAUUACAAUMACUAAGACUGAUGGACAAAGGCUGUAUUUGGUUAUCAAUAAUGAAUCAGAUGAUUUUAGUACUAAAGCUAAGUCAACUAGAAAUCAGUCUCAGAAGAGAAMCAGYUCACUCCAGCUACUCCAGGUGCCAUUUAGUGUACUAAGGCAACAUGUUGAUGAAGAGAGGAGAAGAAAAAUGGCUGAGGAUUCAGAUAAAAUAGCAGCUUCUUUGAGAAGAGCCUUAGAAAAUGAAGAUGAGGACAUGGAAACAUGUGAAGAAAUCAAGAACCAAACAACUCCACAAAUUGCUGAACAUAUACUUUGGGUGGAAAAAUAUUCUCCAAAACUUUUUACUGAACUUCUAAGUGAUGAUGCAAUUAACAGGACACUCUUGAAGUGGCUAAAGUUGUGGGAUAGAGUUGUUUUUAACAAAAGCAAUGUAACUAUCAAACCAAAAACCACAAAGCAAGGCAAAGAAGAUGAGAAAGAUAAACUCAAACUUGGAAAAGGAAACAAAAAGUUUCAUAAAGGAGGAAUAGACAGCGAGGAAUGGAUUGAAGUUGAUUCUAAGGGUUAUCCUGUACGCAAGAUUGCUCUUCUUUGUGGGCCGCCUGGUCUUGGUAAAACAACGCUAGCUCAUGUCAUUGCCAGGCAUGCUGGUUAUAAUGUUGUUGAAAUGAAUGCAAGUGAUGAUCGUUCUGCUGAUAUUUUCAAGCAGAAGRUUGAAACAGCUACCCAAAUGCAGUCAGUGUUAGGUGCUCAUGARAAACCAAACUGUUUGGUGAUUGAUGAGAUUGAUGGAGCCCCUGCAGCUGCCAUUAAUAUACUGUUAUCAUUUAUCAAGAAGAAAGACGCAGAUGGGACAAAGAAAAACAAGAAAAGAAAACAACAGACUCUUGCAAGACCUAUUAUUUGUAUCUGUAAUGAUCAGUUUGUACCUGCCCUCAGACAGCUGCGCCAGCAGGCUCUGAUUGCUGUCUUUCCUAAAACCAUACCAGGAAGACUUUCGUCCAGGUUGAAUGAGAUUUCAAGAAGAGAAGGAAUAAAAACAGAUAUGACAACUCUCUUAGCAUUAUGCGACAAGGCUGAUAAUGAUAUUCGCUCAUGUUUAAACACACUGCAGUUUGUCCAGAGAAGGCAUGGCUGCCUGUCAAUGGAAUAUGUGCAAUCUAAUAACGUUGGACAAAAAGAUCUUCACAAAAACCUCUUUACAAUCAUGCAAGAAAUUUUUCAGCUACCGAAACCAAAGAAGAAACGUUUUACUGGCUUUAAGGAGAACGCAGUUAAUGAAAGUAAAGAGUUUUUGAAUUCAAUUGGGCUUAACGKUGAAGCGGGAUUGGUUGGAAACAGCGUAUCACCUCUUACCAGUAGAUUCCAUAACACUUUGAGGUCUGCAAGUUCUUGUGGUCAAUUUGAUAAAUUGGCGCAAGGUUUAUUUGAAAACUACUUGAAUAUCAAAUUCAAAGACUCAGGACUGAAUGCGCUCCUCUCAGGAACAGAGUGGCUGGAGUUUGCAGACUUUAUAGAGCAACAAAUCCAAUCAACUCAGCAGUACACUCUUCGCCGGUACAGUCCAUUCCUGUCCGUCGCCUUUCAUUUAUUGUACGCGACGCCAUCGUCAUCUAAACUCAGUUAUCCAAGCAGUCAAUAUGAAUGCUAUGUCAAGCAAACGAAAAUGUCUAGUUUACUAACUACAAUAAAGACAGAUGCCUCGCCUCGUAUACGCAGCGUUCUAGAUGAGCGCAUUGCGUGCCUCGAAUUGUUUCCGUUGUUCCUGGAAAUCAUUACUCCAAAUAUGCGCCCGGUCAACAUGCAGUUAUUUAGUACCAGAGAAAAGCAGCAAAUGUCUGAACUUAUCGAUUCCAUGAUAGCUUACAGCAUGACAUACCACCAGGAAAGGAACGUUGAAGGACAGUAUAACUACGUCUUGGACCCUAAUAUCGAAGAGAUCGUCAAGUUUCCCUCUCUUCCCCAACACAAGCAGCUGACUUAUGCGACCAAGCAACUAAUUGCAAGAGAGAUUGACCUUGAGAAAAUGAGAAGAGUGGAGAAUACGAGAUGCAAGAGAUAUGGCUUUUCUGAGGCACCAGCACAAACCUUCGUGAAAAAAGCAUCGAAUAAAACAGAGACAACUCCAAAAGAAAUUCCCGAAAAGAAACUUAAAUAUGUGAAGGAAAAGGUCGCUUUGGACUUCUUUGGUCAGCCAAUUAAACCAAAAACCAAGGAAAACACAAAAGAAGGGCAAAAUACCAGUAGCACUUCAGCAGAUCAAUCAUCUACAAUGAUUUGGUUUAAAUUUAAUGAGGGUUACAGCAACGCAGUCAGGAAAAACGUCAAAGUUCAAGACUUAUUGUGAAAUGGAUGCACGUUUGGUUUUGACGGAAAACAAGUUUUCUUACUGUAUAUACAACACCUAUGGCAAAAAUAAAUAAUUGAUAGUUUA